GAUAUAACCAUCAGCCAGUAUCGAACCGGCCGUUCUCCGAAGUGCUUUUAGCUCCGGUGUCUUCGAAAAUCCAGUCUACCAUUCCGAGGAGAUCCAGCAGUAGUAACCCAGGCCACCGAAAACUCUCAAAAUGGGGUGCAUUAGUAAAUUCACCUUGUUCGUCACGAACUUCAUCGUGUUCGCAGUAGGAGUGGCUGUCGUGGCGCUGGCUUCCAUGGUCAUCUCCAAGGACAACACCUACGGAGUCCUCCUGAGCGAAGGCACCUUCUCCUUGCCCAUCAUUAUCCUCAUCGCUGGACUUAUCAUUCUCCUCAUAGGAUUCUUAGGAUGCUGCGGUGCCGUGCAGGAGAGCCCGUGCUUGCUAUACACGUACGCAGGCAUCGUGCUCAUCCUUCUCCUGGCGCAGCUUAUCCUUGGCAUCCUGAUACUGGUGUACUCGAACAAGGCUGAGGAAAUCAUCGUAAAGGGUAUGAAGGAAGUCUUCGACGAUUACGGGAGAAACGACACGAGCCUCACCAAAGCCAUCGACCAGGCUCAGCAUGAUUUAAAAUGCUGUGGCGUCCAGAACUACACCGACUGGGAAGACUUCUAUUACGGGCAACAACAUGAGAACAACAGCGUCGCGGACGGCUGCUGUAAAGGCAACACGACGGUUGUAGGAUGUGGUUUAGGUGUCCUUGAUGACCCAGACGUCGAGACCAAGAUCUACACCCAGGGCUGCUUCUAUGCCAUCCAGGAAGACGCAAAGGACGCCACCGUCGGCCUCGGGGUUGCCUGCCUCAUCUUGGCCCUCGUGGAGGGCUUCAGCAUAUCCUUCGCCUGCAGUUUGGCCAAAGGAGCCCGUUAACAGCAUCCUGAAAUGGCCGAGAGAGUGGCAGAGGAGAGUCCCCAACUCCAACAGCCAUCUCAAACGCCAAGUUAACUUCCGCUGUCACAAUGUAUCAACUUUUCUACAACAUUUCGGAUUUCCUUUAAGUGAAUAUUCAGCUAAAAAAAAAAAAAUGACAUGAUACUCAAAAGAUGGAACGUGUCAUAAUAUUAUACGGUAGAGCCAAAGAUAAGUGCAAGUGGAAAUCAC